AUGCCGGGUGAACUUGCGCUCAUUCUAACGCCGAAACGGAACCGCAUGUCGAUCGACAAGACCGCGAAACAUCAGAUUACUCGUCACCCGUGCUACUCCAGCCCGUGCUACUCCAGCCCGUGCUACUCCAUCCCGUGCUACUCCACCUCGCCCAACCCAGGCUACUUCUUCUCACACAACCCCAGCACGACCUACUCCGUCACGUACAACGCCAGCUCGAACUACUCCCCCCCCGUACAUGUUCUACUUCUGCCAAUCCGCAAACGUCACUAG